AUGACAUUGAAGAAUAGGAAGGAGAUGAAGCUCACACUCACACUCCCUGACGAGUUAAUAGAAGAAACUCUGUUAAGGUUGCCGGUGAGAUCUCUUUUGCGUUUUAAAUGUGUGUGCAAGUCAUGGCUCACUCUCAUCUCCAAUCCCCAGUUUGCAAAAUCACAUUAUGACAUUGCUGCUGCACCCACCCACCGACUUCUUGUUAAGCCAUAUCGUAAAUGUUCUUCAGAAUUCAUAGGAAUAGAGGCACCACUUCACGAUGAUUCUGCUGUAGUACACCUUAACCUCACUCCUCCACAGUCAUCAUUAAUUACUUCGGUUAGUUCUAAUUAUCUUCGAAUAUUGGGUUCUUGCCGAGGGAUUAUACUUUUAAAGUAUCGUGAAGAUGAUGAUCUCAUUUUAUGGAAUCCAUCAACAGGUGCCCGAAAAACAAUAUCAUGCUCCCCUGGUGGCAAAUUGUUAUAUGGUUUUGGAUAUGACCCAUCAACUGAUGACUACGUGGUAGUUAUUGCUAUGGAAUCUUCCACUAAGUUUAAAACUCACUUGGAGUUUUUCUCCUUGAAAACCAAUUCAUGGAACAAAGUUGAGGGUUUUAAUUUUCCAUAUUCAGAUAUUAGCGUAAGAUUCAUAUCUGGGUUACCUUUGAAUGAGGCUCUUCAUUGGUUGGUUUUCUCUAAAGGUGAUUUUUUUACAAAGGAUGCUGUGAUUAUUACUUUUGAUUUGAUAAAAAGGAGUUUAUCAGAGAUUCCUUUGCCACGUGAUUGUACUGCCUCCAUGUAUAGAUCGAUAUUUGAAAUUUUUCAUUUCAUGGUAAUAGAAGGAUGUCUCGGUCUGUAUUGCUCAGAUGAUGUUUGCUGGGUGAUGAAAGAAUACAAAGUGCAGUUAUCUUGGACCAAGUUCAUUGUUUCAUCUAAUCGCUACAUUCCUUGCGACUCGCAUUUCCCGAUAUGCUUUAGCAUAGGUGCUGGAAUCGUUGGAUCUGAUGAUAUAAGAAAAUUAUUGAAACUUGAUGACAAUGGAGAGUUGCUUGAGAUCUCCAGAAUUAUGCGGUGGUUUGUCAAAGAAGGUCCAGUACAAUCUGCUAUUUAUAGGGAGAGUCUACAAUCAUUCCCUAGUGACUUUGGGGAAGCGAGGAAAGAUGAUCAACACUAA